CGGAGGCGCACACUCCCCGCGGAGCUUCUGACGCAGCCGCCGUCUCCGCCGCGGCUCUCUAGCCCCGCGGCUCGAGCCUCGACCCCUCCGCGCCGCGUCGCGGUCCUCUCCUCCCUCCGCCACUCCCCUUCCAUUUCCCGCCCUUCGCUGCCACCCGGUCCGCGGAGAGAGCCUGGCUGCGAGGCAGGUGGCUUGAGAAGGGGGUUAGGAAAAUGGAGGUGCCGCGCCUGGAUCAUGCUCUCAACAGCCCCACCAGCCCCUGUGAGGAGGUGAUCAAAAACCUCAGCCUGGAGGCCAUUCAGCUGUGCGACCGGGACGGGAACAAAUCACAAGACAGUGGCAUAGCUGAGAUGGAAGAACUUCCAGUACCACAUAACAUCAAAAUAAGCAACAUUACAUGUGACUCAUUCAAGAUUUCAUGGGAAAUGGAUUCCAAAUCAAAGGACCGUAUUACACACUAUUUCAUUGACCUCAACAAGAAAGAGAACAAGAAUUCCAAUAAAUUUAAACACAAGGAUGUUCCAACAAAAUUAGUGGCAAAAGCUGUUCCCUUGCCAAUGACUGUCCGUGGACAUUGGUUUCUGAGCCCAAGAACGGAGUAUACGGUAGCAGUGCAGACUGCCUCAAAACAAGUUGAUGGUGAUUAUGUUGUGUCUGAAUGGAGUGAAAUUAUAGAAUUCUGCACAGCAGACUAUUCAAAAGUUCAUCUAACACAACUUUUGGAGAAGGCUGAAGUGAUUGCAGGACGGAUGCUAAAAUUUUCUGUGUUUUAUCGUAACCAGCACAAAGAAUACUUUGACUAUAUUCGAGAACAUCAUGGGGAUGCUAUGCAGCCCUCUGUCAAGGAUAACAGUGGCAGCCAUGGCUCUCCUAUCAGUGGAAAAUUAGAAGGCAUCUUCUUCAGCUGCAGCACUGAAUUCAAUACUGGGAAGCCACCCCAGGAUUCUCCUUACGGAAGAUACAGGUUUGAGAUUGCAGCAGAAAAACUUUUUAACCCCAAUACUAACUUAUACUUUGGGGACUUCUACUGUAUGUACACUGCUUAUCAUUAUGUGAUUCUUGUUAUUGCCCCUGUGGGAUCACCAGGAGAUGAAUUUUGUAAGCAGCGUCUUCCUCAACUAAAUUCCAAGGAUAAUAAGUUUUUGACCUGCACAGAAGAAGAUGGGGUGCUGGUUUACCACCAUGCCCAGGAUGUCAUUUUAGAAGUCAUUUACACUGACCCUGUGGAUCUUUCUCUGGGCACCGUGGCAGAAAUCACUGGUCAUCAGCUCAUGAGUUUGUCUACUGCAAAUGCAAAAAAAGAUCCCAGCUGCAAAACCUGUAAUAUCAGUGUUGGACGUUAAUGCCCACUUUUCUUACUCUUAUUCAGUCCCUUUCUUUCCCUUAGAAGCAUUGAUCCUCUGUUGUCCAUUUUCAUUACCAGAUGUUUUCCACUGAAGCAUGCAUUUGCCGCUAUCACCAAAAGCAAACUUCCACUUUUCAAAUUUCAUUCAGAGCCGUUUUAGUGUUUCCUAUUCCCUACCCUUCCCAUGACUUUCUCUGAUGAAAUAUCCUGUUCUCCUUCUGACACUUUAUUAUCUAGAUGCUGCAAUGUUUUUAUUUUUCCUUUAUGCCAAACUUAACAAAACAGUUAUAUAGACCGCUUUAGCAAAAUACAAAAAUAAUGGCUUAUAAAUGGUGUUUAAAUAUGCAUUCAUUUUUAUCUACUGAAAAAAUAUUGGGAUAACUCCAAACCGCAUGAAAAGGUGUAAUUGCAGCAUGAGUUAAAUAUUGAAGUCUAGAAUUGUCAGCACUUCCAACUUGUUGUUUGACAGUGUUAUUUAUGUUAUUUAUAUUUGCUAACAGGAAACAAUUACUGUUUCAACAUAAUAAAUAUAAUAGAAAAAUAUUUUAUUUGUAUUGUAUAAAAUAUUUACAAUCAUAUAGAAUAUAUAGUUACAUUUUAAUAGCAAUU